AUGUAUACCAGUGAUCCAUAUUGGUACUUUGGCAUGUUUUUAGAUGCAACCAGGAUGGAAAUAUUUUCAUUUAACAAAGAAUUAAAAAGUGAGGAUGAACGUGAUGAUGAUAAUGAUGAUGAUGAUGAGGAGGAAGGUGAGAAAGGUGAGAGAAGUGGCAAAGGUGGUGAUGUGGAUGACAAUGAUGAUGAUGAUAGUGAUGAUGAUGAUGAUGAGGAAGGCGAGAAAGGUAAGAGAAGUGGCAAAGGUGGUGAUGAGGAGCAGGAGGAGGAGGAUGGUGGUGGCAAAGGUGGUGACCUACAUGAUGAUGACAAUGACAAAGAGGGAAGCAAAGGUGGUGAUGAGGAGGAUAGAACUGAAUCCGAAAAGAAUGAAGUUCCAUCUGAAACUCCUAAAAGGCCAAUCACUUUUUCAUUAAAGACCAAUGAGGCAAAUGAAGAAAAGGAUAUGGAGGAUGAAAAUGAAUAUGACAAAGGAGUUGAGUCUGAAACUGCUAACAAGCCGAGCACUUCUCUGCCAAAGACAAAUGAAAUCCCUGAAGAUCAGAUGGACCUUGAUAACCAGGAUGUGAGGAAUACCACUCAUACUGCUGAAAUUGAUGAAGCUACGAUAAUUGCAGUUCAAGUAAUAUCUCAGCUGGACCCUAAAGGUAUGUUUCCGGUUGAAUAA